AAUAGAGUUCAAAGGUGAUUGCUGUGACAUGUAUCUCUUCAAUUUAUGCAAAUAAUUUUGUUGUGAUGGGCAGUCUCGUUGGUGAAAAGGAUGGGAUCAUAAGAUCUGUAUCAGAUACACCACCAACUCAUUAUCAAGUCAUAAUACAGUCAUUUUCAUUACUUUUCGAGAACGCAGAGAAAUAUGAAUCUGCAGAAUUUGAAGCUGGAGGCUACAAAUGGAAACUUGUUCUCCACCCAAAUGGAAAUAAAAGCAAGAAUGUGGAAGACCACAUAUCUCUCUACUUAGCCAUGGCAGAUGCAACUUCUCUCCCUCCUGGUUGGGAGGUCUCUGCAGUUUUUCGAUUGUUUUUGCUUGAUCAGAACCAGGACAACUACUUGAUAGUUCAAGAUUCCCAGAGAAAGCAAAGACGGUUCCGUAGAUUGACACCUGAAUGGGGUUUUGAUCAAUUCAUCCCAAUUACAGUAUUUCGCGAUUCUUCUAAUGGAUACCUGGUGGAUGACAUGUGUGAGCUUGGAGCAGAAGUGUUUGUUAGGAAAGAAAGAAGCACAGGCAAAGGAGAGUGUCUAAAAAUGAUCAAAGAUCCUGGCGGUUUUAAUCAUCUUUGGAAGAUUGAAAACUUAGAAAAGUUAGACUCUUAUGACUCCAGAGAAUUCAUUGCUGCUGGUUAC